CAAUUGAUUAAAUAUAAUGCAAGGACUUCUGAAAACAGCAGCUGAAGAAAUGCUUUCUAAAGCAAUUAGAACCUAUACUUUUAAUGAUUUGAUUGUUACUGGUAGACAUCCAUAUAAAAGUUUACCUGAAAUGCUUGCUCAAUAUCCAAAUAAUGGAGUAGGAUUUAAAGUGUGGAGAAAAACUUGGCCAGAAAAUAAAUAUAUCAUUAUUACUGAAGCUUAUUUUAAAGUAAAAGAGUUAGUUUACAGAAUAUAAGGGAUUAAGAAAUGGCAAACUUUUUGGAAUCUAAUAUUAUAAUGGCAGACCUCUUACUCCAUAACCAAUAAAAAUAAGAAAUUGUAGUAAGAGAGGUACCUGGAAAUAUGAUACUAAUAACACUUCAGGAAUAUCUGCUAAUGGUGUAUAUUAUAGUGCUGAUGAUUUGAAAGAGUUUGAAAAAAUACAUAAAAAUAGGGAAGUUUUAGAAUGA